GGAAGGAUAAGUUCAGAAGCAGCGCUGAACAGCUCCACCCAAUCAGUCUGUAUAGAGGUUUGUUCACACCGAAUAUAAUUAUUCUGAAAGGCAAGAGAAAAUGUUCCCUCGAGUGUUUAUCUGCUUUGUUUUAAAUUUGCGUCGUUGAACAGGCUACAGAGGAUGAGAUAAGGCAGAAUGAGAGACAGGCUGUGUGAUCUUCAGGCCAUCACCCAGGCCACCCAGGGCGAGAGGGCCCACCCGGGCGAUGGAGGCAAGGGUCAGGACGAGGACCAGCUGGAGCAGCAGGCGGUUGUGUUCCGGGGGGAGGGCGUCAUGGAGGAUGUCUUCCGGGAGGCGCAGAGCAUGCGGAAGGAGAUCGGCCUCCUCGCCGUGGAUGUCAAGCGGCUGGGCAAGCAGAACACCCGCUUCCUGACCUCGGUGCGCCGCAUCAGCAGCAUCAAGCGCGACUCCAAUGCCAUCGCCCGCGACAUCAAGGCGCGCGGGGAGGCCGUGCACAAGCGGCUGCAGAAGCUGGGCGCCCUGAGCAAGGAGCUGGAGGAGGAGUACGGCGUCAACGCAGCGCUGGUGCGCAUGGUGCGGUCGCAGUACACCUCGCUGUCCAGCGGCUUCCACGAGGCCAUGGCGGAGUACAACCGCGCCGAGGAGGCCCAGCGCGAGAACUGCAAGGCCCGCAUCCAGCGGCAGGUGGGCAUCAUGGGCCGGGAGGUGACGGGCGAGCAGAUCGAGGAGAUGAUCGAGACGGGCAAGUGGAACGUCUUCUCCGAGAACCUGCUGACCGACGGGCGGACGGCGCGCUCGGCGCUCAACGAGAUCGAGAACCGGCACAAAGAGCUGCUGGAGCUAGAGGGCCGCAUACGGGACAUCCACGACCUCUUCCUGCAGAUGGCCAUGCUGGUGGAGGAGCAGGGUGCCAUGCUGGAGAACAUCGAGGCCAACGUCUCCGCCACCCAGGACUACGCGGCCGAGGCCGUCAUCCAGAUCAAGAAGGCCGUCAAGUACAAGAAGAGCAACCCCUGCAAACGGCUGUGCUGUUGCUGUUUCCCCUGCUGCAAAUAGCCAAGAAAAAAGCCCUAGGAAACUCCCUGACUGCACGUCCUCAGAGCUACUCGACACAACACGCUCAUGCAUGGGGGAGGAAGAGUGUUACUGAAAUACGGUACAGGCCUGGGAACUUGCAGGCGGGUAGAAAAGCAAGCGGUUUUGAUUGAAAAUACUGCGCAGAUCUUUCUCACAUGAAAGAUAUUCUAAAUAAACGCAUUACAUGACUUCACACGUGAAAGAUGGUGCGAGGGAAGAGCACUAGUGACUUUGUGUCGCGUUGUUUUUACUGCCGUGUGUAUAAGCUUGAAGCGCUGUGCUACAUUUCCUCGGGCUUUGAAGACUAGUGGCAAUGUGUAACUGGCAUGUGCCGCAAACGUUUGUAUUAGAUGCACAGUAAAAGGACUUGGUCAGUUGUAUUCACGUGUCAUAUUAUAAAUAUUUUUUAAUUGGGAUUACGCUCAUGAACUUGUACAUUUUUUUUUGCCACCUUAAUAUGACAAAAUGGUUUGCGAUGGUUUGCUAUUUGAUGAAUGAAUGUGUGUUU